AUGGAUAUUCUGAAGGCCUGCCAUGACUCCCCUGUCGGGGGUCAUCAUAGUGGAAAUCGGACUGCAGCUAAAGUGCUCGAGUGUGGGUAUUACUGGCCAACGCUUUAUCAUGAUGCGAACUUGAUGGUGAAAUACUAUGAUCAAUGUCAACGUCAAGGGGCGAUUGCUAAGAGGCAUGAGAUGCCUAUGAAUUUUGUGAUGGAAGUUGAACUCUUUGAUGUUUGGGGUAUUGACUUCAUGGGGCUCUUUGUGAGUUCUGGUGGCAUGAAAUACAUUCUGGUGGCUGUUGGUUAUGUUUUGAAGUGGGUAGAAGCAGUGGCUUUACCCAAUAAUGAGGGGAAGAGUGUCAUCCAAUUUAUCAAGAAGAACAUCUUCACCCAAUUCGGCACCCCACGGGCUCUUAUUAGUGAUGGCGUUACACACUUCUGUAACAAAGCGUUUGUGGUACUGCUUGAAAAGUAUCAGAAUAAAUUAUGUGUUCCGGAUGUUGCGGGACUUCGUCGCCAAAUUUUGGAAGAAGCUCAUUACUCGCGGUAUUCUAUCCACCCAGGAGCGACAAAAAUGUAUCAUGACCUUAAAUCGAUGUAUUGGUGGGAUGGCAUGAAAAGAGACAUAGCAGAAUUUGUGGCCAAAUGCCCGAAUUGUCAGCAAGUGAAGAUAGAACAUCAGAAGCCAGGAGGGUUAUUACAAGCAAUGGAAAUUCCUACAUGGAAAUGGGAAGUGAUCAAUAUGGAUUUCAUUGUAGGAUUGCCCCGUUCCCGAGGCAAGUAUGACUCUAUAUGGGUGAUAGUGGACAGGCUCACGAAAGCAGCUCAUUUUCUCCCAGUCAGAACCACGUACUCAGCAGAAGACUAUGCGAGACUGUAUCUCAAGGAAAUUGUGCGACUUCAUGGUAUUCCGAUAUCUAUUAUUUCAGAUAGAGGAGCACAGUUCACAGCCAAGUUCUGGAAAUCCUUUCAAGAGGGCCUAGGUACUCAAGUAAGGCUUAGUACAGCAUUUCAUCCGCAGACUGACGGACAAGCCGAGCGUACUAUUCAGACCUUGGAGGAUAUGUUAAGGGCAUAUCGGCUAUUGACCGCUCAAAGUCGCCAAAAGUCUUAUGCGGAUAACCGCCGGCGAGAUUUAAAAUUUCGAGUUGAUGAUUGGGUGUUCUUGAAGGUAUCACCAAUGAAAGGGGUGAUGAGGUUUGGUAAGAAAGGAAAGUUGAGUCCUCGGUAUGUUGGACCUUACAAAAUCAUCCGCAAGGUGGGUCAAGUAGCAUAUGAAUUAGACUUGCCUACAGAGUUUGAAUUAGUUCACCCGGUAUUUCAUGUCUCAAUGCUCCGCAAAUGUGUUGGAGAUCCCUCAAAGAUUGUACCAAUUGAUGAUGUUCAGAUUACAGAAAAGCUAGCCUAUGAAGAAGUGCCUAUUGCUAUAUUAGACAGGCAAGUACGAAGGCUUCGAAAUAAGAAAAUAGCAUCAGUCAAAGUCUUAUGGCGAAAUAACAAUCGAGAAGAGAUGACGUGGGAAACUAAGUUGGAGGACCAAAAAGCUAACCAGCGCAUUGACGAGAUAGUUGAUGAGUUGCCCGAAGGGCAGGAGGAGACUAAUGUUGAUGAGUUUCCCGAAGGAAAGUUUGCAAUCAAGGCUGAGCAGGCUGAUGUGCAAUCUAAGAUUUUAGCAAAUCAGAUGGAUGCAUAUGUGAACAAGCAGAUCAAAUUUGAGGUGAGGUUAGCAGUUUUAGAGCGUAAAGGAUCGGGUGGUAAUAUCAAUGAGUAUAGGGUGGAGCUAGAUCGACUAAAGGCCAAACUACAGGCAUUGAAGAAUCGAGAUCGGGUCAUUGUUAAGGAGCCCGCUGGUUCGAUUGUAGAGGACCUUAAGUUAUUGAUAAAUAUGGUGAGUCUGGUGCCGGAUGAUGAGUUGCCAAAGGAUGAUAGAGGGAAGCAGAUCUUGGAAGCUGAGAUUCCUUCCGCACAGGCCAUAGAUAAGUGA